UCUUCAUCAUCAUCAUCUUAAUCUUCAAUCUUCUAUAGUACUCUCCUUAAGUAUCUAUUAUCUUCUUCUUCUCUCUUCCCAUUUCCCAUUUCUCUCCCCCCUUUAUCCAUUCCCUUUCUCACCCCUUUAAUUAUUAUCCAAUUCUUGUUAUCCUCUGCCGGGUCAGCUCCUCCAUAUUUUGGCAGAAUCUUGAAAUUCCACUUUCUAUUCUGGGAAAAUUAUUGGAUAAAGUUGAGACCUUUGCGUGAUUGAAGAUAGGAUCGGUGAUCGGAACCCCUUGAUUGCGGUGCUUCGUUAAAGAUCUAGAGUUCCGGCUGGGCUUUUCCGUGAUUCAGUGUAUUAGAGGAAGGAAGAAUGCAUUCACUUCAAGGGCCUGUUGUUUGUCCAGUGGUUCGGGCUAAGCUAACGGAUCGAUCCCCCAUUCCUGUCAAUUCGCCCGUGGUGAAAGCUACUAGAAUUCUCACAAGUGGAUUCUGGGGGAUCAAUGGGUUCCAUAUUAGGCAGAGUCUUGUGGCUCAGAAACCUCGGCCACGAAUAAGCAAGUUGAUUACAUGCACUUUCAGUUCAUCGUCAAAUGGCAAUGGCAGCAGAGCGGAGAACUUCAAUGAGAAUGAUGCUGAAUAUGUGGAUUCCAGCGUGGUUGAAGCUGUUGAAGUACGGAGUGGUCCAGAAGGUUUCAUGAUCAAGAUGAGAGAUGGUAGACAUCUCCGAUGUGUCCAUAACAACCCUCAGGGUGGUCAUCUACCUGAUUAUGCCCCGCAUCCCGCAAUAGUGUUAAAAAUGGAAGAUGGGACUGGCCUUCUUCUCCCAAUUAUUGUUCUGGAGAUGCCAAGUGUACUGUUGAUGGCAGCUGUACGCAACGUACAAAUUGCCAGACCAACAAUGUACCAAGUCGUGAAGGAUAUGAUUGAGAAGAUGGGAUAUGAGGUAAAACUUGUACGUGUUACAAAGAGAGUACAUGAGGCAUAUUUUGCUCAACUUUACCUCACCAAGCAAUUUGGUAACCAUAGUGAGAGUAUCAGCUUUGACCUCCGACCUUCUGAUGCCAUCAACAUUGCUGUGAGAUGCAAGGUGCCAAUACAAGUCAACAAAUACUUGGCUUACAGUGAUGGCAUGAAGGUGGUCGAGUCUGCAAAGCCAUUGGUACAGGGUCCUUUAGAUGCAUCAGUGUUAACGGAGCUGGACAGACCAAGUGCCCAGCCGGGCAUUGAGACAAAGGAGUUCAUUCUUGUGCGCAACAUGCUGAUCGCUGCAGUAGAGGAACGCUAUAAAGAUGCAGCUCAAUGGAGGGACAAGCUCACUCAACUCCGUUCCAAGAGGAAUUGGACAUAGCCAGAAUCAGUUGGCAGGGGAUGAAUUGUGUACAUAACUCGGACCAUCUGUGAGGUCACAGAUGCGAUCGCGCCUCUUCCUCUAUGUGCAAAACCUGUGAAUGUGUAUAGAUAGACUGUAAUUCUGGGCAAAAAAACAUAUAUGUAAGGCUAUAAUCCUUGUGAUUUCAACUCAUGAUCACUAGUUCAAUUUGUCAUUUCCAAGGUUGUCUUCUCAUUUCAUGUCUGCAA